AUGGCUUCGUUAAUUGAAAUGAUUAGUGAACUGGAUGGUAAUAAUGCCGGGCGUGUUUUGCACGACUGUGAAGCACAGAAUCGUCUUGAGUUUGAAUAUGAACUGACGAACAACGGUGAUCGAGUGAUACUUGGCCGUGGCACAUAUGGUGUUGUGUACGCUGGCAGAGAUUUAUCAACGCAAAGGUCAGUGGUGGUGAAAGAAGUGGACGUUAAAAAUGAAGAGGAAGUGCAGCCAUUGAUGGAAGAAAUUCAGCUCCACUCGACCCUCUCGCACCAGAACAUUGUACAAUAUCUCGGAUGCAAACUGGUAAAGAAGGAGCAGGGAAACGAUAUUUUCCAAAUUAUCAUGGAACAAGUGCCCGGAGGAAGUCUGAGUUCACUGCUACGAAGUAAAUGGGGCCCUUUGAUAGACAACGAAAAGACUAUGGCAAUUUAUGGCAAGCAGAUACUCGAUGGCCUCCGCUAUUUGGUAUUUUUUUAA